AUGGGCGAGCGCAAGGUGCUCAACCGCUACUUCCCGCCGGACUUCGACCCGCUGCUGGUGCCGCGGCGCAAGUGGGACCCCUACAAGCAGGUCGAGGUGCGCAUGAUGAUCCCCUUCUCGCUGCAGUGCGUCAAGUGCGGCGAGUACAUAGAGGAUCCGCGCGUCGCUCACCCGAAAAAAACCUCAGGCAAAAAGUUCAACAGCCGCAAGGAGGACGUCGUCGGCGACACGUACCUCGGCAUCCGCAAGUACCGCUUCUACAUCAAGUGCUGCGUCUGCAGCAACGAGAUCGCGUUCAAGACGGACCCGCAGAACCAGGACUACGUCUGCGAGAGCGGCGCGACGCGCAACUUCGAGAGCUGGCGCCAGCAGGACGACAAGGAGAAGGAGAACGCCAUGGCCGCCCUCGAGUCGCGGACCCUCGACUCGAAGAUCGAGAUGGACAUCCUCGACGCGCUCGACGAGAUCAAGGCCUACAACGAGCGCCACGAGCGCGUCGACCGCGCGGACCUCCGCGCGGACCUCGGCCGC